UUCGUCCAUAGUAAACUGCGUAAGUUUGACGAACUAUUUUCACGAAACCGAAAACAUGGAAUCUUUGAACAAGCUACAAAUUGCCAAUCCACCCACGCAUCCUGAUAAGCACAGCUUAUCAUAUUCCAGAACCACAUCGCUAUUCCGCUCCAGUUUCUCAUGCUGUUUCGAAGAAGAUGGAGAAGAAAGAAGAGUAUUCGACGUAGACGGAUUCGAAUCAGAAGAAGGAAAAUACAGUCGAGUAUGCGACGAAGAGAGCUUCGAAACGGACAAAAUUAAGUUACCAGAAGGCUUCGACAAUCUGAUUUCGAAACCUCUGAUCGAAAGUGCAAAAGGACAGGAGGCAUCUUCGAUUGAAGCCUGUAUCAGUCCGUUAUUCCAUAGGGCUCUUUCCUUACGAGCCACUCUAGCCAACAGCAUGGUGUGCACUAGAUUGUUUGAAAGGGAAAUCAAAAGAAGAUCGUUAAAGAUGCAUACAUCUAUCGAAGUGGAACCUAGCAAAGACAUCAAACGUCCAAAAAUCGGCCACCAUGAGGAGACUGAAGAAACUUUUAUAUCUCUUUUGGUAUCCCAACCCCAACAAGAUUUCACUCAAAGUGAAAAUACGAUGAUAUGUGCCGUGCAAAUAUCUUCUUCAGAACAAGAUCUGAUUGGUGACUUUAGUAGUAACUGCAGUUUACCGUUGGUUCAAGGUCGACAUCAAGAUCUCAAAUCGAUCUCUCCGCAGACCAGUGCCCAGCUCAGAAAGGGACCAUUUGAUGAUGGUAUCGGGUCCUUUAAGAUACCGUUUUCUGUGCAAGGAAGACCAAAAUAG